AUGUCACAGACUCUUCAGAUUCUUGAGGAUCCGGAUUAUCAGGUGAUCGAGGAAGGCAAGUUCUGCUUCUGCAACGGAGUGGAGGUUGGGCACACGGCACCUUUGGGACCGGUGCCUCAGGUCUUUCGUCAGCGACGGAAGGAUCAGAAGUACGAUGACUCUGAGUGGGAGCCUCUGAUGGGGAACUAUCGGGACGGCCCUGAGGUGGAGAAAUCUUUGCUUGAGGCCUUCGCCAAGGAGGAAGCAGAGGGCCGGAUGUUCCCUUUGUCUUUGGCGGAGGCACGCCAGCGCUACCCUGGAUCGUCGCUUCGUGUGGCGGCUCAGGCAGUGAUUCCGAAACCUGACCAGGACUUCAGAGUGGUCCAUGACGGGACUCACGGGGUCCAGGUGAACAAUGAGAUCAUCAUGAAGGACCGUCUUGAAUCUCCGGGAGCCAGGGAGGUUUCUUCGAUCCAGAAGUUGGGCACGGUCUCCGACGAGAAGGUGCUCUUUGGGCUGGUUGGAGACGUGAAGAAGGCACCGUGGUUUCAGAUCACUCUUGACAAGGAGGACGCCCCUUGGCUUUUCAGAGAAGGCCUCGGCAGCUCAUGGGCGAGCACGUCGGCUGAGAUGCUGGCGUCGUUGGCGGCUCUUCAUUUCUUGAAACGUGAUUUUCGAAACAUCUGGGAUGGGCCCGGUCUCUUCCAGGCCUGCUUCUGCGGGGGGACGGACAAUAAGUCUGCGGAUGCGCUUUCUUGCAAAUUGCUUACUACUCGAGUUCCUUUGAUGUUCGUUGUGAUGGAGUUCGUGACUUUCUGCGAUGGCCUCGGCUUCAGAUGCAACUUGAGUUGGAGGCCGAGAGACUCCAAUCAGGAGGCCGAUCGCAUCACGAAGCACAACUUCUCAGACUUUGAUGGAUCUCUGAGGAUCCCUUUCAGUUGGUCCGACAUGACCAUGUCAGUUCUUUCUCCUCUCUUGAGGUUUGCAAACUUUCAGUCGGAGAUUGAUGAUAUCAGGACAUCCACUUUGGAGGAUGUCGGUUCGACCCCAAGGAUCAGAUUCGAGAAGAGCCAGUGGGGUUAG